AUGAAAAGAGAUCAACAGAAGCUAGAAUCUGAAAUCACAACAGAAGAAAUGCAAAUUGCUCUCGAUAUCUGCAUAAGGCAAGUACAAGGCGAGGAGUAUCCAGAAGAAAUAGGAAGGCUGAAACAAGGGCAAGCUGUAAAGACCAAGAGCACAUUGAAUACAUUGAACCCGUUUAUAGACGAGCAACGUAUCCUCAGGGUGGGCGGAAGGCUAAGAAACGCUGACGUCGAUGAGAACCUGAAACAUCCCGUGAUACUAGGAAAAAGGAACGGUCUCGUCCCUCUCUUGCUGGCUGAUGCACACCUGAAGACGAUGCAUGGUGGAAUAAAUAUGAUGAUGACUUACCUGAUGAGUAAAUACUGGAUUGUUGGCUGUAAGAGUUUAGUGAAGCAAUACAUACAAAGAUGCCUUACCUGUGUGCGACAGCGAGCUGCAAGUAGGCAACAAAUGAUGGGUGACUUACCUGAACAGCGUGUAACCCCGGCCCGCGCAUUCUCUCGAAGCGGUGUUGACUUUGCAGGUCCAGUGUAUGUGUUGAAUUCUAGAGGAAGAGGAGCUAAAACUCGCAAGGCGUAUAUUUGCAUCUUCAUCUGCAUGGCUGUCAAGGCAAUACAUCUGGAACUUGUCAGUGAUCUCACAGCUGACGCGUUCAUUGCCGCGUUCAAACGGUUUGUUGCCAGGCGAGGAAGGUGCUAUGAGAUAUGGAGCGACAACGGUACCAAUUUUGUGGCAGCUAACAAAGAAUUGUGUGCAAUUUGGAAAGCAGCAGAAUUUGAAUUUCCCGGUCAGAUUGUCAAUCAAUUAGCUACUGAAGGCACGCAAUGGCAUUUUACGCCACCAUACAGUCCCAACUUCGGAGGGCUGUGGGAAGCCGGAGUUAAAUCUGUAAAACAGCACCUAAGAAAAAUUCUUACUUCAAAUUUAACAUUUGAAGAAUUUACGACUGUGCUCACACAAAUCGAAGCAUGCUUAAAUUCGCGUCCAUUGACACCUAUACCUACAGACAUGGAUGUAAUAGAUGACAUACAGGUGAUCACGCCGGGACAUUUCCUGAUUGGAGAAGCACUAAUUAGCGUCCCGGAUCGCAGCUACGAAACUGCUAACAUCAACCUAUUAUCCAGAUGGCAACAUACUCAGAGAUUGGUUCAGACAUUCUGGAAACGCUGGCAAACUGAGUACUUGACUCGACUUAAUCAACGGCCUAAAUGGUUAAGGAAGACACCAGACUUUGAGGUGGGCGAUAUAGUGUUAUUAAGAGGCGAAAACAUGCCCCCUAGCAAGUGGCCGCUUGCACGCAUUAUAGAAAAACAUCCCGGACAUGAUACCAUGACGCGGGUCUACACGCUCCGGUGUAAUAAUAAAUAUAUUAAAAGAUCUGUUUCCAGCUUGUGUGCAUUGCCUGUAAACAAUAGGGAUUAA